UCAGACCUCUCUAAGAUUAGUAUAAUUAAUCCCAAAUUACAAUGCAAUCACUAUCUCACAAUGUCCCAAAGUCUGGCAAGUGCAGAGUCCUCACCUCUCUCAACUACACACGUGCUGACUGGGAAUAUUCUGCAAUUGAAAUGGUGGACGUAUCCGAGAUUGAGCAAGACUACGAGGUCAAUUCUUCUUCAGAUGAAGAGGAGGAGGAGGACGAGGAGGAACAAUUGGGGAGCAGUGGCGACGACGAGGGAGACGAAGACUUGUCCAGCAGUGAUGGCGACGAGGAUGAUGGAGAAAGUAAAAGCAGCGGCAACGAUGAAGAUCAAGUGGACGAAGGCGAGGAACCGGAAAUUGAUUCUUCCGCAGGGGAAGAAGAGGGUGACGAUGACGACGACGACGAUAAACCCUCCGCCGGCGACGAGCAAGCAGAGGUUUCAGGUUGGGCAGAUUCCAUUGCAAAGAUUCUCAAAAGUACGAAGCCUAAAAACAAGAAGGAGUUGAUGCUGUCAAGAGCGAGAAAAGAUUAUGAGGUUAACAAAACCGUUGUUAAAGUACAAAAGAGGUUGGGUGCAAAAGUACGACCACUUAGAAAGGAAGACGACUUGGAAAUUGUCCCUUCAGAUAAACCAAAAUCUGACGAUGUUCUCAAGAGAGAGAAAGAGUCGGACGAGCCCACCUCCAAGACAAAAAAGGAUGAUAACAUUUUAUCCCUCAAAGUGCAGAGAAAGUUGGAACUCAAACAGAAAAAAUUGGAACUCGCCUGGGAAAAUUUGGCAAGGAUGAACGCAGAAAAAGCAGAUCCAGAAAUGGAAAGAGAUUUAGUCAAAAUGGCAACAAAAGGCGUCGUUCAACUCUUUAACGCGAUAUCCAUGCAGCAGAAAACAAUCAAGACAAAGUUAAAGACGUCCGAAAAGUCUGAAUUUAAAAAGGACAAAAUCCUUAACCAAACCAAAGACAUAUUUGAUAAUGCCAUGAUCAAAAGUAAAAACAGACAACCUGGUAACUCGAGAAGCUCCAACAAUAACGACAACGGGGACAAGGAGGCUGAAAUAAAAGAGGAGGACAUGUCCAGUGAUGAUGAUGAUGAAAUGGUUGGCUUAGGUUCCGUAUCUAUCAAAAUCAACAAGCGGCCAUCGACUGACACGAAAAAAGGGCAAAAGAGUGUACCAUCGAAAAAGAAGCCAGUUUGGAACGCAUUACAAGAUGAUUUUAUGCUAAAUGCGAAACUGAAGGAUUGGGACAAAGACAGUGAUAGUGACUAAAUCUUAAAGCAUGCUUAUCUUUUGUAUCAAUACUAUGAAUUGCUACUUUUUAAAUCUUGAUUGCAAUAAAUGCACUACGUUUAUGCAAAAA